GGGACUUCUGGCAGCAGGUUAGGCUUUACCCUGCUCUCCCCCUCCCCCCCUCAGGCGCUGUACAGUAUUCGAAACGCUGAGAAUUGCGCUCCAGUACGGAUCGAGUCCGAUUUUUUAAAAAAAAUUGCCUAAAGGAGGCCAGAUCGAUUAGAAAAUGCCUCACAAUUUCAAAGCAGGAGAUCUGGUUUUCGCUAAAAUGAAGGGUUAUCCUCACUGGCCGGCCCGGAUUGAUGACGUUGCCGAGGGAGCAGUGAAGCCACCAUCAAAUAAAUACCCAAUUUUCUUCUAUGGUACACAUGAAACGGCAUUUUUGGGACCAAAAGAUAUUUUCCUUUUUGAAAAAUACAAAGACAAAUAUGGAAAACCAAACAAGAGGAAAGGAUUCAAUGAAGGAUUGUGGGAAAUACAAAACAACCCAAACGUCAGUUUUACUGCGCCACUGCCAUCAAGCUCAUCUGACAGUGAAGUUCCAGAAAAUGAAGUAGUCCCAGGAAGUGGUGCAGAAGAGGACAAGCAAGUGAGUGAUGAGGAAUCUGACAAGGACAGCAUUGAACAGAGUGGCAUCAAGAGGAAGCCCCUCCUUCCCAAGCGACCCGCUCCAAAGCGUGCUCGCAAAUCGAGUGAUGAAGACGAGGAGGAGGAAGAAGAAAGUGGUUCCAACUCGCUUGAGAAUUCUGAAGCAAGUUCCUCAGAAUCAGAGAAAAAUAGUGACCAAGAAUUCACAUUAGAAAAGAAAGUAAUUUCCAGAACACCUAGGCGAGGUCCUGCAGCUGGAAGGAAGAAAAAGAAAUAUGAUUCUGAGGAGGAACAAGAGAAUAAUGAGGAUGAAGAGGAAGAGAAGAAGCACGUAGAAGUGAAGGAAGAUGAUGACGACGAAGACUACAAGAGAGAAUCUGACUCUGAUGACUCCAUAAAGAAACCUGUCAGAGGUAGAAAGCCAGCAGCUCAGAAGAGGACUCCUAAACCACGAGGAAGGAAACCAAAAAUUGAGAGGUUACCUUCUGUCUCCAGCAGCCUCAGCAGUGAUAGUGACGCUGAAGAUAAGAUCAGUGACUGGAAAAAACGAGAUGAAGAAAGAAAGAGAGAGAUAGAGGAAAGGAGAAGGAAACAACAGGAGGAAGAGCUACGAAGAUUGAGAGAAAAAGAAAGGGAGGAGGAAGAAGAAGAGAAGAGGAAACGGAAAGAAGAAAAAGAAAGAGAGGAUGAUCAGGACAAAUUAAUUGAUGAAGUAGAUGAAGUAAAGAAAGAACCAUCAAAGAAGGUCAAGAAAGUUCGGGCUAAGUCAAAAUACUCCUCUGAUUCUGACUCUGCAGUGGAAAAGGAGGUGAAAAAAAAGCCAAAGAAACCACAUCCUGAACCCACAAAUAAACAGAAGAAAGAAAGAGAACAGAAAGAAAGAAAACGUAAGCAGGAAGAUCGUCACAAAGAAAGGGCGGCCAAAGCAGAAAAGGAAAAAAAGAAAGAAGAAAAGUUGCAAGUUAAAAAAGUUGAAAAGAAAAAAGAAAUGACAGCGGAACAGAAACUUCAGAAAAUACACACCGACAUUAAGCAUGCUCUGAAGGUUGACAGUCCUGAUGUAAAGAAGUGUGUGGAGGCACUUGAAGAACUACGAACAUUGCAAGUCACAACACAGCUCUUGCAGAAACACAGUGAUCUGGUUGCAACACUAAAAAAAAUACGUCGCUAUAAAGCUAGUCAGGAAGUCAUGACAAAAGCUGGGGAGAUCUACAAUCAUUUAAAGUCCAUGUUUAUGGGAGGAGAUGAUUCUGGCAACAGUACAUUGAAGAAGAAUCCUUCUGACCCAGAGCAGCAGAAAGAUAAAACCAAAGAAGAGGAGAAGGAAGCUGAAAAUAACACAACAAAGAAGCAAGACUCGGAUUUAUCUAAUGCAGUAAAUGGAGAGACGGUGCCUGUGAAGAAUGAGACUCUCCCAGAGAAUCAAGAACAAGAUCAACCACAGACAGAGGAAGAGAAAAACACUGAGGAAACAUUGAUUGGCAAAAAAAAUAGUGCUCCAGAUAUAUUGAAAGUGCUCCAGUCAGAUGGUCAGCAUACCACUGGCACAGAGCCAGUCUCAAUGGAGAUGGAAUCAGCCAUCAAGAGUUGAGGCUUUGAAUCCAAAUCAACUGUGGGACAUGUUUCAAGAUCUGGGUUACUUUCAAAUAAGAACAUUUGUCACUUGAAUUGUCCUAGAACCUAGUAAAGACUGUUUGGUUUUGUUGUCUGCCCACGCAAAGAAGCUGAAAGAGGUUACUUGUUACGCAGAGCUCUGUUUUUCUUCAUUUUGUUGAAAAGAGAAAACAAAAAUAUUGGUCAGCACAAUUGAGAGGUCUUUUUCAUAACCUUGAGCAGAGGAUGAGAGUGUGAUGCAAAUGCAAAAAUGGCUGCUUUUGAUGGAUGAGAGGUAUUGACAGGAAAUUCCUUGGAUGUUCUUCUAAUCAGCAGAUAUCCUGGAUAAACGUGUAAACUGGGCUCCUGCUGAAGUUGUGGCAGCCAAUCUGGCAAACACCCGGGGAAAUCAUGAUGCAUGCUUUACCUAAUUCUAGAACAUACUUGUUUUCUGACUUCACUUGAAAUUAUUUGUCUGAACUUUUUGAAGUAUGUUCUUGGCUCACAGAAUUGGUCAAAGACUUUUUUUCCUAAAAAAAACACCUCUUCCAGCUACAAUGGACCAUUACACAUUUUCCCCAAAAUGACUAAUUUCUCAGUUCAUACAUAAUUUUUAAAAAAACAAUUAUGUAGCAUUUCAGUUUUAUGUCAUUGUAAAGUACAGCUUUGUAACCAGUUAUUAAAGUUUGACCUUGUGGGAGUUUGUACGUGAUGUUGACACUGAUGUAGUGAACUUUUUUUAAGCUGCUUUGUAUGGAGAGUAGGGUGGAGGAGAGCGACACUGCAGGGGAGACCCACACAUGGGCAUUAAUCCUCUGAAUUACUUCCUCUCAUUCCUUCCAAACCCCAAACAUGCCAUUCUACUUGCUCUUCCUUUUAUUCUUAAUAUAAUAAAUUGAAGUCUUGCCAAGUCCUGUAAUUUCAUAAGACCUCAAAACUGUGGAACAACUUAUUCCUUUGUCUUCCCUUCUUCCUGUAGCCUGGAAAGCCUGUAGGUUAAGUUCUGGAUUCCCCUAAUGUCUUCUGUUUCUUGAUUAACCUCAUCUUCACUUUUUCGUCUUAACUGUGGUGGUCUGCACUGUAAGACAUGAGCUCUGGCUUUUGUUUAUUAAUUUAAAGAAAAUAAAUCAAAUCCUAUUGUAAAAGACCACCAAGGACAAAUGGCCUUUCAGCAGGUUAAUUCAGAAAGUUUUAAAAUGCAAACUUUUAUAUGUAAAAAAUUGUGUGGUGUUUUCUUUGAGUUUGUUUCUAGUCAAAGUUAUUGAAUGUGAAACCAGUCUGCCCACCACCAAAAUCUGGGCAUUUAAACUGUACACUAUUUAACAAUUCUGUUCAUGGAUUCAGUUAACAAAAGUAGUGUUAUUUUAAAUAAUUGAGGAAGAAAAUCUCCAAUCUUUCCCUAAAGACUAGAACACUGGAACCAAAAAGUGACAAUUCAAGUAAGACC